AUGGGCCUGACGCCAAGCUGCUGGGUGUCAGGGCACCCGAGGGAGCCGGAGGUGGGGCGAGGCGUGGCACCGCGCCGCAUGCUCACCUGGCCCUGCAUGGCAACAGGCAAUGGAGCUCUAGGUCCCUUCGGCAGCGGACCCACGGCCGCUUCGAGAGGCAGCGGGUGGCAGAGGAGGGAGGGCAAACUGGCAGCCCCUGGCAACCUGGGGCUGACGGCAGGAGGCUGGGCACACCGCGGAUUUCCCCCCGCCGGCAGGAUGGUGAACCUGGAGUCCGUGCACGCAGCUGUCCCCGAAGGAGAAAGUGGCCCCGGGUGUGGUGGCAGUCAUCACUUCAAGGAGAUCAAGAUGAGCGGGGAUGCGGCAGAUUCCACAGAUACCCGGCACGAACCUGACCAGGUGGAGCCAGGGAAUGAACAGAAUGGGCUGGACUUUAACAGGCAGAUUAAAACCGAGGACCUCAGCGACUCCUUGCAAUCUGCCAUCCCCCCUCGGUCGGGUCACCUCGUGCAGGGAUCAUCCAUGAUGCCAGGGAGCCAAAUCGCAGGGGACAUGAGCUCUCUCCACACCCUGCAGCAGCUGGUGUUGCUUCCUGGGCACAUGCAGUCAGUCCCCCAGUUCCUUCUGUCCCAGUCUCAGGCAGGACAACAAGCUUUGCAGCCAAACCUCCUCUCCUUCCCUCAGCAACAGGGCAGCCUCCUCCUCUCCCAGCCCGGACCCAGCCUGGCCUCCCAGGCUGUGGGGCGCUCUGGCCUCCCUGGCUCCUCGGUUGAGCCCCACCUGGACGUCCCCCAGCACUUGCAAGUGGCAAAGCACCUGACCCCAGCAGGAGCUUCCGAGGAGCCCAGCGACCUGGAGGAGCUGGAGAAGUUUGCAAAGACUUUCAAACAAAGGAGGAUCAAGCUGGGGUUCACACAGGGUGACGUUGGCCUGGCCAUGGGGAAGCUCUACGGCAACGACUUCAGCCAGACCACGAUCUCCCGCUUCGAGGCUCUCAACCUGAGCUUCAAGAACAUGUGCAAGCUCAAGCCCCUGCUGGAGAAGUGGCUCAGUGACGCAGAAUCUGCUCCUUUGGAUUCCUCCAUGAGCACCCCCAAUUCCUACCCCUCAGUGAACGAGAUGUUUGGACGGAAAAGGAAGAAGAGGACCAGCAUCGAGACCAACAUCCGCUCCACACUGGAGAAGAGAUUCCAAGAUAACCCCAAGCCCAGUUCAGAGGAGAUCUCCUUGAUAGCAGAGCAGCUCUCCAUGGAAAAGGAAGUGGUUCGGGUCUGGUUCUGCAACCGGCGCCAGAAGGAAAAGCGGAUCAGCUGCCCGAUGCCAUCCCCCAUCAAAUCACCCAUCUACAACUCCAGACUGGUCUCUACCUCAGGGUCCUUGGGGCCCCUCUCCGUCAAUCCAGUGCACAGCACCAUGCCUGGGACUGUGACAUCCUCGUGCUCCCCAGGGAACUCCAGCAGGCCCUCGUCCCCUGGCAGUGCCCUCCAUGCCAGCAGCCCCGGCACAGCCCAGAGCAACUCCAAAGCUGCCAUGAACUCUUCUGGCUUCAACUCUUCAGGCUCCUGGUACCGAUGGAACCAACCCACCUACCUCCACUGAGCCCUCCUGCAGCAGCGAGGGCGAG